AUGUGGAAGUUUAUGCAGGAUGCCAAUGCGAGACGUGGAUUACAUAUGCAGACGUUCCGCGACCUCUACAACUGGAGCGUCGGACCCUCACGCACUGAUUUCUGGGUCGACAUGUGGAAAGCUAGCAACCUCAUCUACUCCGGUACCUACACCACCGUCGUCGACACCUCCCUCCCCAUGGAGACAAAUCCUCACUGGUUCCAAGGCACUUAUCUCAACUUUGCCGAAAACGUCCUCUUUACCGCCUCUCCUACCGAUUCUACCGUCCGCACCACAACCCACAAAGAAGAGUCUAAGAUCGCGUUGACAGAGAUCCGCGAGGGCAACACUGAAAUUAGACAUCUAACUUCGAGUAGUACUGAUAUGGGUACGAAAGGCAUCCUCGAACGAUUAUUACAGAUUCGUCCCAAAUACGUUCUUGUGGAUGAUUGGGCAGUGUACAAUGGAAAGACCAUUGAUCUGAGACCGAAGAUCGAGGGAAUCCUCGAGGGCAUGGAGAGCGGUGGUGUGGCAGAGUUUGAGGGUGUUAUUGUGCAGCCUAGGUUUCCUGGGAGACCGGCUGACGUUGGAGGUUUGUCGAAGACGGUGCGGUUGGAUGAGUUUUUGGAGAUUGCGGAAGGGAACGACACAUUGGUGUUUGAGCGUGUGGCUUUCAGAGAUCCGUUUCUGAUUGUCUAUUCGAGUGGGACGACGGGUGUGCCAAAGUGCAUUGUGCAUUCGACUGGUGGUGUGCUCAUGAAUGUUUGCAAAGAGAGUAUACUGCACAAGGAGAUGACACCCGAAAGUGUGAUUCUGCAGUAUACUACCACUGGAUGGAUCAUGUACGUUGUAUCCGUACAAGUUUGUCUCUUCGGUACCCGUUCCAUCCUUUACGAUGGCUCUCCGUUCCAACCGUCUCCAGAGGCUUUCCUCUCUAUCCUAGAAGAACAGCGCGUGACCGACUUCGGCACUUCACCACGUUUUCUCCACGAACUUCAAAAACGCAACAUCUCACCCCGGAACCUGUUCCAACUCUCUCACCUAAAGAGUGUAGGAACAACCGGCAUGGUCCUCACGGAAGCGCAAUUCGAAUGGUUCUACGACGUUGGUUUCCCCACCUCCGUUCACCUACGCAACCAAUCUGGUGGCACAGACAUUGCUGGACGUUUUGGGCUUGAGAACCCACUUCAGCCCGUUUACGCAGGCGGAUGUCAAGGUCCUGCCCUAGGCACAAAGAUUGAAGUUUACGACUCCCUCAUCGAAUCGGGUCCAGGCUGCGCAAUCCCCGACGGCGAACCAGGUGAACUCGUUGCUACCGCCUCAUUCCCUAACCAGCCAGUCUACUUCUGGGGCGACGACGCUCAAAAUACGCGGUACCAGUCUGCAUACUUUACUCGCUUCCCUGGUGUAUGGACGCACGGCGACUUCAUACAGAUGCACCCCAUCACAGGUCAAGUCUUGUUCCUCGGCCGCGCAGACGGCGUGCUGAAUCCCAGCGGUGUGCGUUUUGGUUCCGCAGAUAUCUACAGCGUUAUUGAGACGCAUUUCCCCGAAGUGGCGGAUAGCAUCUGUGUAGGACAACGGCGACCGGGGGAUGUUGACGAGAGCGUUAUUCUCUUUCUCAAGAUGAACAAGGGGUUCGGGUACACCGAGUCUCUGGUGAACAAGAUCAAAAGUAAGAUUGCUGAGGAGAGGAGUCGGCGACAUGUUCCAAAAUACGUGUUUCAGACUUGGGAUAUUCCGACCACAGUAAAUUUGAAGAAGGUCGAGUUGCCUGUCAAGCAGAUCGUGUCCGGCAAGAAGAUCAAGCCAAGCGGAACAUUGGCGAACCCUGAAAGUCUUAAGUUCUAUGAGCAGUUUGCGGAUGUGGAGAACGUGGUCAGGAGGAUGACGAAUGAGAAGAAGUCAUAUAGGAGGAGUACGUUAUAG